AUGGCCACCGUCUACCAUAAUUUCAGAUCGUUUGAAACAGAAAGCUUGGCGGGUGUUGCAAACGGCGCCCCGCUCGCUUCCUCUCCAGCCCAUCGAUCCUCACAUUGGUCCACCACCGUGCCACCUCUCCGAGCUCCUAACAGUCUCCAUCUGCUGCAGGCUGCCACCAUUUCCAGUCCUUCCGAACACCACCGACACCGCCAACAAUACGCCGCAUGGCACCGCGCUCUUGCCGACCACGAACAAACCCUCGAAACGCGAGGGUCGCAAAUUCUCGCCGAUCGCGAAGCGUGUGAUGCGGAGAUAACUCAAUCGAGGGCUCUCGCUCGGAGCAUCCAAGACUUGCGCGGCCGCAUGACUGCGGAGAUGCAGGAGUUGGAGACGUGGCAGCUACAGCUGGAACACCAGCAGGAGGGUCUCACGAAGGACAAGGCGCGGAUCAAGAAGGAGAAAGACAGGCUGGCGCAUGAGAGGAUGGCUCUUGAUGCAUGGGACGAGGCGGUGGAGACGAGAGUGGAGGUGGUUCAGAGGCGGGAAGGGGAGUUGCAGACUUGGCAGGAGGAAUUGGAAGCGUCCGAAACAGUGAUGAGGAGAGAAAUUGCGGCGUGGCAGGAGAAAGCAGCCAAGAUUGAGCAGGAUGGAAGAAAUCUUGGACAGCUCGUGCAGUGCGCGGACGGGGAUCGGGGAGGCAAUCAAUCGAGCGGUUCUUCGAAGAAGUCGAGCGUAGGAGAAUGGGAAGCGAUGGAGGGGGAGCACAGCACGCUUGACCAAGAGAUGGCGGCACACGAGAUGUCACCGAGCGAAGCGAGUAGUCAUGCUCCGUCGCUCACGCUCGUCAUCCUUGGCCGAGAAGCAUCUCAAGAAGAGGAGGAGGAGGAGGAGGAGCAAGACCAAGAGGAAGACCCAAGAAAGCGUAGAGGACGACCACUUCAUAACAUCUGCAAGAUUUCAUGCCAUCAUUAA